UGACCGUAAACUUGGGCAGAGCUGUGACUGAAGUCAGAUAUGUAUAAGUGAUGAUGGCUUCUGAAAUUAACAGAUGAGAAGUUAUCAGUGGUAUGAUGCCCUAAAUACAAAAGGAAAAAAAAUCUGAAAAAAAUAAAAAGUAAUCACGGGUUCCUGAUUGAAAUGACUGAUGUAGACGCUUCUGGAGUGUUAUGAGGUUAUUAUAAGGAACUACGGCGGCAACUAACGGUAAGCCUUAAAAGGAGGAGGAAGUGAUGGAGGAACAACUACAAAACCACCGAAAACAUGCGGAUUAUUUCAAAUGAGGAACAGGGAUUUAGAUUAAAUGUAUUUGAAGAUUCAGCCUGAUGAACUUUCCGAUCUAUCAUGAAUAAAAGAUGGAUACGUCGGAGGCUGCCUUUGCUGAUCUUCACCUUCUUCAUCGUUGUCUUGGUGGAUUUUCAACUACGCAGCGACAGCUUCCCCAAACUCCUCGCGGUCCGCCGUGCGUCAGGUGGAGCGCUGCGCCGCUCCAUCCAGCAGCUCCUUUCUGCUGUUUCUAACAGCAGCGGCGGCGCAGGAGAGCCGGCCCUCGGGGACCGGAGCGCAGGAGAGCCGGUGUCUGAGGGGGAGCGUGUCUCUCCAGCCGGGCUGAAGCUGGAGGACAUCUACAUCGCUGUGAAAACCACCGGGAGGUUCCACAAAACGCGCCUGCCGCUGCUUUUGGAGACCUGGAUCUCCAGGACUAAAGCGCAUACAUUCAUUUUCACUGACACAGAGGAUGAGGGCUUGAAAUCUCAAGGUUAUAACGUGGUGGUAACUGGCUGCCAAUCAGACCACAGUCAGCAGGCUCUGUCCUGCAAGAUGUCUGCUGAGUACGAUGGUUUCAUGGCUUCAGAGAAAAGGUGGUUUUGCCAUGUAGACGAUGAUAACUACGUGAACCCUGAGGCUCUCCUGUCUCUGCUCUUGACCUUCCCUCAGGAGGGUGAUAUCUAUGUGGGCAAACCGAGCCUGGACAAGCCCAUCACUGCUCACGAACUGCUGGAGGGAAAUGCAACGAGAGAAGUGCGAUUCUGGUUUGCCACAGGAGGAGCAGGUUUCUGUCUGAGCCAGCGGCUGGCAGAAAAGAUGGCCCCGUGGGCAAGUGGCUCCAGGUUCGAGCGGACGUCAGCAAAGAUCCGUCUUCCAGAUGACUGUACCGUGGGAUUCAUUGUGGAGAAAAAGCUGGGAAUCUCUAUGGUCCAGUGUCCUUUAUUCCACUCCCAUCUGGAAAACCUGCUACUCAUCAGACAAAGAAGCGUACCACAGCAGGUGACACUGAGUUAUGGGAUGUUUGAGAACAAAUUGAACAGCAUUGAGGUGAAAGGCAGCUUCUCAAAGGCGGAGGACCCCUCCAGGUUUAAGACUGUCCACUGCAUGCUGUAUCCUCUCACCACCUGGUGUCCCUGAGUACCUGAUAGAGGACUACGCUGUCCAAACACCCGAGACAAAGCUGGUGUCCUCCUGGAUAUGGUUCAAAAGGAGGAAGAAAUGGAUACCUUAAUUAUGAUGGAACAUUUUAAGAUACAGAAAAGCAGAACAAAGAAAUGUGGCUGAAACAAUGUGAAACAAUAUGAAACAAUGUGAAUCAGCAGACUUAACUGCGGAAACACAAAAUGGUUUUCCUCAAUUUCUCAGUUGAGAUCACAUGCUUUUUACUUUGACUUUAUUUUGCCUUUACUACUGAAUGACUUUUUCUUGUUUAGAGAGUUUUUUAAUUUCUUUUUUCUUUAAAGGGGACCUAUUAUGAAAAACACAUUUUCUCUUGCUUUAACAUACCAAAGUGGUCUCCCCUCAGUCUGCCAACUCAGAGAAGGAGGAAACAACCAAAUUCUGCAGUGUCUGUACAGCCGCCCGGAUGAGCCAUCCAGUCGUUAUGUAACGACGGGCACGAUUUACAUAGGUUGGCCUCCCAUGCGUGAAACCACGCCCACAACUAACUCCGCCGGCCGGAGCUUCCGCCAUUUUUUCGUAGCGGUGUAUCGCGUCAUUCAGGCAGCCAAUCAGCACAGAGCCUCAUUAUCAUAGCCCCGCCCACUCAGAAUCCCACAUAGAGAAUGAGGUUAGAGAAUGGGAAGAUAAAGACAUGGCUCAGAGGCUGAAUUUCUAAUUUAUUUAGCAAAAACAAUGAAAAGCUUGUUUUUAAGACAUUCAAAGCCUGAUUAAAAUAGGUAUUAGAUGCCAUAAUAGGUCCCCUUUAAGACUUAAAGAACGUUUUCUUUUUCAGUCAGCUUUUUUUUUUCUUCUUUUUUUUACUGACAUUUUAUCGUUUUGUUGUAAAUUGAGGAAAAUUAAAUUGUACCACUUUUCCCCCAUGCAGAAAUGUGUGGCAGGGGAAAAAACAAUU